AUGCCUCGCUUCGUACCCCGCCAGCGGAAGCACAAAGUGCUCGCCCGUCAACAAGCACAAGCUGGGCCAUCCCCCACUAACGCCGCCCUACAUCAGUCCAACCAGGAAAUCAUAAUACCUCAAAGCAAGGUGGAAAGAGAAGUCAGAAAGGAAAAAUUGAGAGAAGAAUUGAGAGGUCAGCAUCCAAGUAUCUCAAGAAAGAAACAAAAGAGAUUAGACAAAUACAUUGAGAACAAGUUGAGGAAGGAUGAGACAUUAGAUCUGUUGCAGAAGUUGGAGAAAGAGAAGGAGAAGUAUGACGCUACUGUUGCAAAAGGCUCCGGGGAAUUGGGAAAGCGCACGUAUGGCGAGUUUCUGAAUGACACAGGGCCAACUCAGAAGCGUCCGACACAGAAACCCCCUCAGGUGGAAGACAACUCCGAUGUCGACAGCGAGGAUUCCUUUGAGGCUGAGCACAGGGAAGCCUUUGACGAAGAGAAAAUGCCGAAGGAGCCUAGAAUACUUGAUGGGCAUAUUCAUGUGAAGGGCAGCGGUCUUGCGCACCCGUUAGCACUCGACGGGUAUGGAUUGCCCAUCAUACAGUCUCGAAAGAGCAAGAAACGGAAACAUCCUCGAGACGCGGUCCCGGUUGAACUGCCCUGGGAAGGCUUCGACUCGGAACCGAGCGAAGUUGAGCACGAUCCAGAAGACGAGGAUCUAGAAGAGGAAAAGGGUUCCAUUUCGGAAUUUUCUGGGUCGUCGAGUGACGCAGAGGAUGAUUCGGAUCGCGAAGACGACACUGAAAGCAUGUAUGAGGCAACCGAGGACGAUGAUGGUGACAAUAUUAGACCAAGGAGAUCAGCUUUCAAAGCGUGGGCAACUCAGCAAUUAAAUCAGUCUAUAGGGCACACACCAUCUUACACAACGAGCGAGGGACAACUCUUACCUGUUCUCAAACCUGCCACAAAUCAUGAGACGCAUCCUCCCAAACCUCCGGUGACGGCUUCGGUAUCAAAUCCUGGACCCAAUCGAAAAGCCUACGCCGUUUACGUUAGUCGACCUGAAGAUAUACAACAGGCUCGAUCCCAACUCCCAAUUCUCCAACGAGAACAAGAGAUCAUGGAAGCAAUUCAUAAUAACCCUGUCAUAAUUGUCAAGGGCGAUACUGGAAGCGGGAAAACUACACAAAUACCACAAUUCCUCUUCGAAGCCGGCUACGGGUCACCGGAGGGACCAACUCCAGGCCCGAUUGGAAUCACCCAGCCUCGUCGCGUUGCUGCCGUCAGCAUGGCUAAGCGGGUGAGCACUGAGCUAGGACAGCAUGGGCACAAAGUGUCAUAUCAGAUCAGGUUUGACAGUACCGUGUCGUCGAACACCGCUGUCAAAUUCAUGACAGACGGCAUCUUGCUGCGCGAACUCUCCGAGGAUUUACUGUUGAGGAAAUACUCUGUGAUAGUUGUUGACGAAGCGCACGAGAGGAGCGUCAACACUGACAUUCUGAUUGGAAUGCUAAGCAAAAUCGUACCAGCACGGAUGCAGAAGAAUAAAUUCAAUCCAAAUCCGACGCCCCUCAAAUUGGUCAUCAUGUCUGCUACACUCAACAUCAGUAACUUCUUGCACGAGAAGCUGUUCUCUGCGUCACUACGACCUCCCAUAGUCGAGGUUGAAGGACGCCAACACCGCGUAACAACACACUUUGCGCUAAGAUCAAGAGCAGAUUACGUUGAAGAGGUGAUCGAAAAGGUCAGACGAGGUCACCGGAAACUUCCCAGGGGCAGCAUCCUUGUUUUCCUGACUGGUCAAAACGAAAUCAAACAGGUCGCAAAUCGACUGAAUGCACUUCUGGGCCAAGAAAAUAGUAGCAAGGGACGGACAAACGUUCCUCGAGUAGAAAUUGCUUCGAGCGAAGCGCCACUCGAAACCGAGGAUUUCGAAUUCGGUACCGUGAAACCGGACGAAGAACAGGACGAUUUUGAAAUGGAGAUUUUGACGCACUCAGAAGACGAAGCGGAAGAAAAGGAGUUUGAUAUUUCAGAUGAUGAGGACGGACAGGAAGAUGCCGCAGCCCCUGCUCAAGCUCGCGAGCAUUCAAAGCCAAAAGAUCCAUACACUUCUAUCCACAUUCUCCCCCUCUACUCACAACUGCCCACCGCUGAACAACUAAAGGUAUUCGAACCGCCACCUGAAGGGGCGCGGCUGAUCGUCCUUGCAACCAACGUGGCGGAAACGAGUUUAACCAUUCCCGGCAUUCGCUAUGUCUUUGACACAGGUCGCAGCAAGGAACGUAAGUAUAAUCUCGAUACGGGCGUCCAAAGCUUCGAAAUCGACUAUAUCAGCAAAGCCAGUGCACAGCAACGUGCCGGUCGUGCAGGCCGUACAGGACCAGGCCAUUGUUGGCGGCUAUACUCAUCAGCAGUAUAUGAGCAAUUCUUCCCAGAUCAUGCUGAGCCAGAGAUCCUAAGGGCACCCGCCGAGAGUGUGGUCCUGCAGUUGAAGGGGUUUGCUUAUCCAAGACCUAUCGCUGACUUCCCGUUCCCAACGCCGCCAGUUGCCCAGACUCUGAACAAAGCCGAGCAGUUGUUGAAGAACCUUGGGGCACUGACGAUUAGCGGAUCGAUCACGAAUCUGGGGAGACAACUGUCUAUCUAUCCACUCUCACCUCGCCUGGGCAAGAUUUUAGUAGCGGGCAUUAAUGAGCUAAACCUGCUGUGGCAUAUUCUUGCGCUCGUCUCCGCUCUAGCUGUGCCCGAAAUCUUUGUCACGGAAGCGCAGUUCCAUCUCACCGAUGACAAGAGCAUGGCAAUAGUUUCAUCAGCUGGUCGUGAACAAGAUGAUGGAGGAGACGACAAGGAAGUGUACAUGAUCGAGAAACAACAGGAGGAUAAUCGCCGUGAGAAGCUACGGCAAGACUUUGGCCGUGCUCGCGCGACGCUGAGCAAAAACGACAAAGCCUCCGAUGCGAUGAAACUCCUCACCGCGGUAUCUCUCUACCUCGACACCUCUCCGCCCAGCAGAGAGGUGCUGUGCAAAUCGCUCUACCUCCGGCCUAAAGCCAUGGCCGAAAUCGCUCAACUGCGUGAUCAAUUGGAACACCUGGUCCGAAUGAAUCAUCGCAGCACAAUCACCGGUGAAACACUCUUGAAGUCGCGGAAGAACAAAAUCUCCUCAAGCAAGACGAUGAUCGCACAAAUCAACACGAUCGCGGCAUCUGGCUAUCUCGAUCAAGUCGCAAUCCGCUACGACAAGGCACCGCAACCUCCGUCAGACAUACCGUUAAAACCACGACGGGUGAUCGACGUGCCUUAUCUCCCGCUAGUCCCUCUGCACGACCAUGCGUCCGCCCCUCUACAUGAGAAGGCGGUGUUUAUCCAUCCAUCCUCCGUCCUGGCGAGGGCGAAUAUCAAGGACUUGCCCGAGUACAUAUGUUACAGCCACCUGCAACGUUCGCAGGCUCACACGGUCGCAAUCACGUCAUCAUCAUCUUCGUCGCAACCAGAUAAGAAAAUCCCCGAGACGAGAAUGUUCCCGCUCACCCCUCUCACUUCAGCGCAGCUGGCACACAUUGCAAGGGACACGGCCCUCAUAAAAUACGGUAAGCCAAUCCCUCGGAGCAAAAUCGAAGAUCUACCCGGCAGCACGCCCAAGAGGAGGGAGUGCUGGGUUACAGUAGACUUGCGCGCAAGUAGUGGUGGUGGCAAAGCCGCAGGUGGUGCGCUGGGCUGGCCUCUGCCGCCGGUCAAGGUCAGGCAGGUCAUGGAUGUGAAGAGCCAGACCGGGUGGAGGGUUGAAAAGGUGCUGAGUCCCUGA